CGUGCGGAAGGGGGGGUUACGGGUUGCACUAAUCAGGAACCAGGGCGCCGCGCUUUAUAAAACGCCCCAAAGUGAAGCUCACGAAGCCUGGUAUCGAGUAGGUAGAUUGAAAGGGACGCAACUCGAUGCAAAGAGCAAGUUACUUCUCAGACUUCCACAGUUAUAGUUCUUAGUUUCCAUACCUAGCAACCAGACCACACAUUUCCAACUUGAACUGUCACUGAACUUCAACCAAAUACUACUAAACCUGAGUGACCAACAGUGUCCAGCCUAAAGCAGAGUCAUCGUUGUAAGAUGACCAUUGCCUGCUUCGCCCUACUGAGCCUUCUAACUGUUUAUUUUACAGGCCAUGCAGACGCCUCUUACAUCUAUCGCUCGAGACCUCUUCCAUCAGACGAGAUAUUAAGAUUUCUCUCCCUUGAAAGAGACCCACCGGCAGACGAUAUCGGCCACACAUCACCCAGAUUCGUCUACCGGAAGAGAAGCCCCUACUCCGCUUCCGGUCUGUCUCGUUUUACAAGCUUAGUCUACGAACCCGGAAGUGCACGAUCGUAUUACCCACUUCCGUACCAGUGGUCAAGACGCAUAGGGUCCGACUUCAUCAACGACGACGCGGAGAAAGGGAAACGCUUUUUUGACUCGCUUGGCGGGUAUGAGGUUCACAGUUUCAAGAAGAGAGACAUCGACGAGGGACUCUUCGGCGACCAAGAUCAAGAACUUUAUGAUGACAAGCGAUCAUUAGACUCCUUGGGAGGAUUCAACGUCCAUGGCUGGAAGCGAUCGAUUCGAUCCCCAGCCAACACAAGACAGAGAUACAGGCGAGACGUAAGCUGCAAUCAGGGCGAUUGUGACCGAGCAAGCAGUACCGAGACUACUGACUCCACUCAGGAUGCUGACUCAUCUAAGGAUACUGACUCAUCUCAGGAUCUAGAAGAUUCUCUUGAUGGAUUUAAUAUUCGUGGUUGGAAAAUAAAUGCUUCACAAGCUGACCAUGUUCAAAGCAGCUUAGAAAAAAGUGACUUAUCAAUAAUAGAGGACAAAAAAGCGCUAGAUAGUCUGGGUGGAUUUAAUGUCCAUGGAUAUAAAAGGGCGUUAGAUAGUCUAGGUGGAUUUAAUGUCCAUGGAUACAAAAGGGCGUUAGAUAGUCUAGGUGGAUUUAAUGUCCAUGGAUACAAAAGGGCGUUAGAUAGUCUAGGUGGAUUUAAUGUCCAUGGAUACAAAAGAUCGUUAGAUAGUCUAGGUGGAUUUAAUGUUCAUGAAUAUAAAAGGGCGUUAGAUAGUCUAGGUGGAUUCAAUGUCCAUGGAUACAAACGCGAUGAUGACAAAAGGGCAUUAGAUAGUUUAGGUGGAUUCAAUGUCCAUGGAUACAAACGCGAUGACGACAAAAGGGCAUUAGAUAGUCUAGGUGGAUUCAAUGUCCAUGGAUACAAACGCGAUGAUGACAAAAGGGCAUUAGAUAGUCUAGGUGGAUUCAAUGUCCAUGGAUACAAAAGGGCAUUAGAUAGUCUAGGUGGAUUCAAUGUCCAUGGAUACAAAAGGGCAUUAGAUAGUCUAGGUGGAUUCAAUGUCCAUGGAUACAAAAGGGCAUUAGAUAGUCUAGGUGGAUUCAAUGUACAUGGAUACAAACGCGAUGAUGAUAAAAGGGCAUUAGAUAGUCUAGGUGGAUUCAAUGUCCAUGGAUACAAACGCGAUGAUGACAAAAGGGCGUUAGAUAGUCUAGGUGGAUUCAAUGUACAUGGAUACAAACGCGAUGAUGACAAAAGGGCAUUAGAUAGCCUAGGUGGAUUCAAUGUCCAUGGAUACAAACGCGAUGAUGACAAAAGGGCGUUAGAUAGUCUAGGUGGAUUCAAUGUACAUGGAUACAAACGCGAUGAUGACAAAAGGGCGCUAGAUAGUCUAGGUGGAUUCAAUGUCCAUGGAUACAAACGCGAUGAUGACAAAAGGGCAUUAGAUAGCCUAGGUGGAUUCAAUGUCCAUGGAUACAAACGCGAUGAUGACAAAAGGGCAUUAGAUAGUCUGGGUGGAUUCAAUGUCCAUGGAUACAAACGCGAUGAUGACAAAAGGGCGUUAGAUAGUCUAGGUGGAUUCAAUGUCCAUGGAUACAAACGCGAUGAUGACAAAAGGGCAUUAGAUAGUCUGGGUGGAUUCAAUGUCCAUGGAUACAAACGUGAUGAUGACAAAAGGGCAUUAGAUAGUCUAGGUGGAUUCAAUGUCCAUGGAUACAAACGCGAUGAUGACAAAAGGGCGUUAGAUAGUCUAGGUGGAUUCAAUGUCCAUGGAUACAAACGUGAUGAUGACAAAAGGGCAUUAGAUAGUCUAGGUGGAUUCAAUGUACAUGGAUACAAACGUGAUGAUGACAAAAGGGCGUUAGAUAGUCUGGGUGGAUUCAAUGUCCAUGGAUACAAACGCGAUGAUGAUAAAAGGGCGCUAGAUAGUCUAGGUGGAUUCAAUGUACAUGGAUACAAACGUGAUGAUGACAAAAGGGCGUUAGAUAGUCUGGGUGGAUUCAAUGUCCAUGGAUACAAACGCGAUGAUGAUAAAAGGGCGCUAGAUAGUCUAGGUGGAUUCAAUGUCCAUGGAUACAAACGCGAUGAUGACAAAAGGGCGCUAGAUAGUCUAGGUGGAUUCAAUGUCCAUGGAUACAAACGCGAUGAUGAUAAAAGGGCGCUAGAUAGUCUAGGUGGAUUCAAUGUCCAUGGAUACAAACGCGAUGAUGACAAAAGGGCAUUAGAUAGUCUGGGUGGAUUCAAUGUCCAUGGAUACAAAAGGGCAUUAGAUAGUCUAGGUGGAUUCAAUGUCCAUGGAUACAAAAGGGCAUUAGAUAGUCUAGGUGGAUUCAAUGUCCAUGGAUACAAAAGGGCACUAGAUAGUCUAGGUGGAUUCAAUGUCCAUGGAUAUAAAAGAGAAGCAGAGACGACAUUAGUAGAUUCAACUAAAUAUUCCGUAAGUCACAAUAUUCAUUCCCUGCAACAAAACGACGGAAGUAACCCAGAAUUAGCCGGAAGUAGUCCAAAUUUAUCCGGAAGUCAUUCAAGCAGCAGUGAUAGAAAUCUCACCACAAAGCGACCAACACAGGACAAAAACACACACAUUUCAAAUGUAUCUAAUAACCAACCCUGAUGUUUUGAAAGUAUUUAUAAGAAAACAUUUGUAAAAAAAAAAGUGUUUAAGACAGUCACUUGUGUUAUUUUGUUAUAAGCUUUUAUCGGCGGUUUAAUUUUCUGUUCUACUAAGUACGCUUACAAUCCUACUGGAGGCUACUAGAGGAAUUCUGAUUUCUGACUACGCCUGAAGGCACAACUUUCGCGAAUAUAAACAAACUCUUUCCUUCGGUGGGUCGACUCUAAUAAAACAUUGCUAGAUCUACAUAUUACUUAUGUCUAUGAAUUUAUUUAUUUAUUUGCAAUUGAUUUUUUCGAGGCUUGGAUGCUGGAGAUAAAAUUUAGUCCACGAUUAGAUUAUCUCAGAAAUUAUCCCUCUUCUUUUUCCAGUCCGUUAUUUAACUCUUUCUCUCCGUAAUUAUUUUCCACGUUCCAGAGGAAUUACUCACUUUGCUGUUUUGUAUUGUUUUGAUUAAAUUUCAAUAACUUUUUUGUGUUUGAAUUGAGAAAAUGUUAUGUUUGGUAUAGAAUUAAAGAGAUGUGCAUGCUCUUUUUACACAACGCAAAUUAAUGUUCAUAAAACCAAAAAUUUAAUUUAAUUGGGUCAAAUUGACUUUGGUACCGUCAAUUAGGAGAGAAAGAGUUAAUACAACUAUACUAUCCCCCCCCCUCCAUUUUAUUUCUCCUGCUUCUCCCCAUUCCAAGUAUCCAAGCACAGGCAUCUCUAUAUCUGGGCCUUGAAAAUAACAAUAAACACAAGUUAGAUCUACACGGGCUGGUCUAGUGGCUAAGCGAGUUUAGAUUCUGAACAAGACUAUACAGUUAUCUUUUUGUUAAAAUAAUAUUUACUUGUUUCGUUGCCAUGAAUUUCUUUUUUAUUUCUUAUUAACAUUUUUUUUUUAAUUUAUUGUAAUUUGAAUUAUUUUCUUUCUUCACUUAUAAAAACUAAAGAUCUACUUUUGAAUGGAGCCAACUUAAGUCUUUACUGAUAAACACGCGUCCAGGCACAGGGUGACCAAUGGUCAUCUAGGGAUUUGUUACGAUGUUGAAAGUAACCAUGCAUGACAGAAGAGAAUAAAAUCACUUGUCGUAAAAAAACAAAA